AUGGCGGUGGAAAACUACGACGUCGUUAUCGUUGGCGCAGGACCUGUUGGCCUUUGUCUUUCAACGUGCCUGGCGAGAUGGGGUUACAAGAUCAAGCAUAUCGACAAUCGACCGGAACCGACCGCCACUGGACGGGCGGACGGAAUCCAGCCGCGUUCCUUGGAUCUACUCCGGAAUAUGGGCCUCAAGCGCAAGAUUAUGGAGUACGAACCUGCAAAGGUUUACGAGGUGGCUUUUUGGGACCCGGCGCAGAAGGGCAUUCACAGGACAGGUACUUGGGCUAGUUGUCCCAAGUUCAUCGAUGCACGGUACCCUUUUACUACGCUUCUCCACCAGGGCUUGAUUGAGCGGACGUUCAUUUCGGAUAUUGAGAAGAACGGCAGUGGUAUCCAGAGACCCUGGACGAUCAAGGGGUUCAAGAAUGAUGGCAAGGAUCCGACAUAUCCUGUUGAGGUCAACCUGGCGCAUGUUGAUGGCACAAUGGAGGAGACUGUACGCGCAAAGUACUUGUUCAGUGGUGAGGGAGCAAGGAGUUUUGUAAGGGACCAGCUGGGUGUCAAGAUGAUCUACAAAGAUCCUAUUGCACAUGUUUGGGGUGUCAUGGAUGGAGUUGUCAGAACGAACUUUCCAGACAUCAAGAUGAAAUGCACAAUCCACUCAGACAACGGCUCCAUUAUGAUCAUCCCACGCGAGAACAACAUGGUCCGCUUGUACAUUCAAGUCGCAUCUUCUACAGAUAAAGACUGGGACCCACGGAAGCAGACUACUGCAGAAGACGUUCAAGCGCGUGCCAAAAAGAUUUUCGAACCAUACACCAUCUCCUGGGAUCGCGUGGAAUGGUACUCGGUCUAUCCGAUUGGACAAGGUAUUGCUGAGCGCUACACACUCGACGAGCGGGUCUUCAUGGGUGGUGAUGCCUGCCAUACCCACAGCCCCAAGGCUGGCCAGGGUAUGAACACAGCCUUCUUAGAUGCAGUAAACUUUGCAUGGAAAAUUCACCACGUAGAGAGCGGCUGGGCACCACGAUCCCUUCUGUCGACAUACGAAUCCGAACGCAAACUCAUUGCUGAGACUCUCCUCGACUUUGACGCCCGAUACGCAAAGCUCUUCUCCGCCCGGAUACCCUCAGCUGGUGAAGUCGCUGGUGCAUCAGCAAAAGAAGCCGCCGAAGACAAUGAGUUCAUCAAGACAUUCAAAGCCAGCUGCGAAUUCACCAGUGGUUAUGGCGUAGCAUAUAAACCCAACAUGGUAAACUGGGGCCCAGAACACCCCGCACAGCACCCCCUCAUCCUGUCGUACGAAAAGGGCACAACCCAACGAACAGGCAGAAUCAUGACACCGGCAACCGUCACACGUGUCGUAGACGCCAACGUCGUACAUCUGGAACAAGAAAUUCCCAUGAACGGCUCCUAUCGCAUGUUCAUCUUCGGCGGUGCCUUGGACAAGAGCGCAACAGCACUCAAAGACCUAGCAACACAGAUGUCAUCCCCAACAUCCUUCUUCAGCACGUUCCUCCACCGCGACCUUAAGGAGAAGGAUCGCUACUAUGAAAAACAUAACCCACAUACCGAUUUCCUUUCUCUGGCUCUUGUCUUUUCGCAGCCCCGCUCAAGUAUUCACAUCGAUGAGCAGUUGCCUCAGCCAUUUAACCGCUAUGCUGACCAUGUUUAUGCGGACGACGUCUGGGACCAGAGGGUGCCGGAUGCGAAGGCUGCGGCACAUGCUAAGAUGGGGCUUGACGAGGAGAGGGGAGGCGUCGUUGUUGUCAGGCCGGACGGGUAUGUCGGUGUUGUCGUUAAGCUGGAGGAAGGGAAGGGGACGUGUGAUGCAUUGGAUGCGUGGUUCUCGGGGGUUACAGGGAAGAAACUUGGGGGUGAGCGGGCGAGUCUAUAG